UUUUGCCCCAAUUCUUUUUCCAAAUCCCUAGUUUUUUAACUACUUGACUGCCUCUCUCUCUCUAACAAUCUGAAAGAUUCCAAACCCCAUCAUUUACCAAAUUGACUUACCAACCAACCCCAAAUCUCUUCUCUGUCACUUGCCGGACUCAAAACCCAUUUGCUGCGUUAGCUUAUCGGUGUCCUCCUCAGUCUCUCUGUCGGGGGCUUAAGCAGCAAGCUAAGCAAAGCCAAGCAACCGAAGAAGACGUCGAGAAAGAGAGAAGAGAAAAAAGAAAAAAGAAAACGAAGAAGAAGAAGAAAAUAAAUAAUGGGCAAGUGCUGAAACGAAUAUUUGAAAAAGAAAAAAAAAAGAAAAAGAAGAAGAAAGCUUUUGCCUUUGAUAUGUGAAUAUCCUAAUCCUACUAUACACGCUAAGCUCUUGUGGUGACGGAUCAUCAUCAUCAUCGCCAUCAUCAUGAUUACAAGAUUAGAAAAUGUCCAACAGCACCAACAACACCAACAGCCACUACCAGCCGCCCACAAAGUAAACGCUUCAUCCUGUGAUUUAUUAUUAUUAUCGUCUCUUCCAUGUCAACGUCAGUUGUCUUCACAUAGGCACAGCAGCUCCCCCCAACUCAACCUCUCUCUGUCUUUGUUUCUCCGGGUCAAUUGCUCAAUUGGGUUUUUGCUGCAAUCCCCAAAAACCCAAUCUUUCUGUACCAGGGUAGUUUGGCUAGCUAGCUAGCUCUCUCACGCAUUUAUUCAAACACCAGUAGGAUUUUGGUAGAUUGGUGCUGCUUUUACCAAUUGAUAUGGUUCCAAUAGAUUGUGAUGAUGCUGAUGGUGAUAUGUGUUACAGCAUGUUGUUGUGUAUGAUUGAGUGAGAGAGUUAGAGAAAGAGAAAGAGAGAGUCUUCAUGUCUUCUUCUCUUGUUCCGAUGAAACACGACAAGAAGAAGCAGAAGGUCCCAACAAUAAUACCAACCUUCCUUCCUCAUCUCUUUUUGGGUCAGUGGGUUUUCAUUCUUCUUCUUCUUCCUUGCUCUGCUUCUGCUGCUUGUAACCAGCUCGAUCAGGACGCUCUAUUGUCCUUGGCUCUCCAGGCACCAUUGAAUUUGAAUUGGUCUUCUUCCACUGACUGUUGCCUUUGGGAAGGAAUAACCUGCGGCCCAGAUGAUCAAGGACGUGUCGUCCGGCUAUGGCUGCCUAGGAGAGGCUUAACUGGUGUCAUCAAUCCAUCAAUCACAAACCUCACCCAUCUCACCCACCUCAAUCUUUCCCACAAUUCUUUCCUGGGUUCUCUUCCUGAAGAUUUGUUUUCAUCUCUCUCUAGUCUCCAAGUCAUUGACUUGAGCUUCAAUCGUCUCAUUGGCCGUCUACCACCUUCAAAUAAAAUCAGUCAGCUUCAGGUUCUGAACUUGUCUAGCAAUUUCUUCAAUGGAACAAUCCCAUCUUCGAUCCUUGUCCCAUCGGUGUCCAUUUUCAAUGUCAGCAACAACAGCUUUUCCGGGUCGAUACCCAUCGACAAUGGUAGCAACCACACAUCCCUUACCUUCUUGGACUUGUCCUACAAUAAACUCAAUGACACAAUUCCCCCUGGAAUCGGAUUAUGUUCCAAGCUCCAAGUUUUCCGUGCAGGCUUCAAUAGCCUCUCUGGUUCUCUCCCUGAUGAAAUUUUCAACCUUGCUGAUCUCCGACAGCUCUCUCUGCCUGUCAAUAGUCUUACAGGACCCAUCAACGAUGGUAUCAUGAACCUCACCAAUCUCCAGACCCUGGAGCUCUUUUCAAACCAGUUCUCUGGGCCAAUCCCAAGCCAAAUUGGUAACCUUUCCAGGUUGGAAAAUCUGCUGCUCCACGUCAACAACCUCACAGGCCCCUUACCUCUAUCUCUCGCCAACAGUACAAAGCUGUCUGCUUUGAAUUUGAGGGUCAACAACUUGACUGGAGACCUCUCUUCCUUCAACUUCUCCCCUCUCCAACGCCUCACCACUUUGGACCUUGGCAACAACAACUUCACUGGUGAGUUCCCCAAAAGCCUCUACUCUUGCAAGUCACUAACAGCUAUUAGAUUGACCGGGAAUCAGCUCACAGGACAGAUAUCACCUGAAAUAGUUGCAUUAGAAUCCUUGGCUUUCCUCUCCAUCUCUACCAACAACAUGACAAAUGCCACUGGGGCUCUUAGGAUUCUAAAGGGUUGCAAGAACCUGACCACUCUGAUAUUGUCCAAUAAUUUUCUGUUUGAGCCUGUGCCAGAUGAUAAAAGCCUAGGAGACCUAGAUGGAUUCCAAAGCCUUCGGGUUUUUGCCCUGGGGGGUUGCCAAUUCACAGGUCAAGUACCCACCUGGCUAGCCAAGCUUAAAAACCUUCAAGCCUUGGACCUGUCAUUUAAUCUUAUAACUGGGUCUCUUCCCGGUUGGUUGGCUAGUCUGCCCAACCUUUUCUACAUUGAUUUGUCCAAUAACCUCCUUCAAGGCGGAUUUCCUAAUGAUCUCUGUGGGAUGCCAGUUUUGACAUCGAAAGAGGCCAGUGAUAAGGUGGACAGAAGUUAUUUAGAGUUGCCAGUAUUUGUGAAGCCCAAUAAUGCUACUGAUCAGCAGUACAACCAACUGUCCAAUCUCCCCCCAGCCAUAUAUUUGAGUAACAACAGCCUUAAUGGCAGUAUCCCCAUUGAGAUUGGCCGAUUGAAGUUUAUUCAUGUGUUGGACCUUAGUCAUAACAAAUUCUCUGGCAGCAUCCCAGAUCAGAUUUCUAACCUCACUAACUUAGAGAAAUUGGAUCUUUCCUAUAACAAUCUAUCUGGUGAAAUCCCUGUUUCUCUCAAAGGUCUGCAUUUCUUGUCUUCCUUCAGUGUGGCAAACAAUGAUCUUCAGGGACUUGUACCAUCUGGAGGUCAGUUUGAUACUUUUACCAUCUCCAGCUUUGAAGGGAAUCCGGGCUUAUGUGGUCCUCCAACUGUGCAUCGCACAUGUCCUCAACCAUUAUCACCGGCUGCUUCUCGAAGGUCUAACAAAAAUCUUCUUAUUGGACUCACCUCUGGGAUCUGUUUUGGCAUUGUAUUUAUUGUUGUUAUGCUAGUAGUGUGGAUGUUGUCUAAGAGAAGGAUCAUUCCAGGAGGAGAUACUGACAAGAUGGAUUUUGACACAAUGUCUAGCCAUUCAGCCACUGCUGUUACUCCUGAGCUUGACAAGGAUACCAGCCUAGUCAUAGUGUUCCCAACCAAUACCAAUGAAAUCAAGGAUCUUACCAUAACUGAAAUCUUAAAGGCAACUGACAAUUUCAAUCAAGCAAACAUCAUUGGCUGUGGAGGUUUUGGUCUGGUUUACAGAGCAAUAUUCGCAAAUGGGACCAGGCUAGCUGUUAAGAAACUCUCAGGAGACUUGGGUCUGAUGGAAAGGGAAUUCAAAGCAGAAGUUGAGGCUUUGUCCACUGCCCAACAUGAGAAUCUGGUUUCCCUGCAAGGCUAUUGUGUGCAUGAUGGUGUUCGCCUGUUAAUAUAUUCCUAUAUGGAGAAUGGAAGUCUGGAUUACUGGUUGCAUGAGAAAGCUGAUGGUGCUUCCCAGUUAGAUUGGCCAACUCGACUGAAGAUAGCACAGGGAGCAGGCUGCGGGUUGGCUUACAUGCACCAAAUAUGCGAGCCACACAUUGUGCAUCGUGAUAUCAAGUCCAGCAACAUCCUCCUGGAUGAUAAAUUUCAAGCACAUGUUGCUGAUUUUGGGUUGUCCCGGUUGAUUCUUCCGUACCAGACUCAUGUUACAACUGAGCUUGUUGGUACCCUUGGUUACAUUCCUCCAGAGUAUGGACAAGCAUGGGUGGCCACAUUGAGAGGAGAUAUGUACAGUUUUGGGGUUGUCAUGCUUGAGCUGCUAACCGGAAAAAGGCCUUUCGAGGUAUGCAAGCCAAGGGCAUCGAGAGAGUUGGUUGGCUGGGUGCAGCAAAUGAGGAGAGAGGGCAAACCAGAGGAAGUUUUUGAUCCUCUCCUGAGAGGGAAGGGCUUUGACGAAGAGAUGCUGCAGGUGCUUGAUGUGGCUUGCAUGUGUGUCAACCAGAACCCUCUUAAGAGACCAACCAUCAAGGAAGUUGUCGAUUGGCUGAAAAAUGUAGGGACAUCCCACCAACACCAAAAUAAAGACUAGUGAGGAAAAACAAAUUUCUUUGACACUUCCUAAGAAAGUAUUUAUAUGUAUACUUGCACAUAAAUAUUUGGGUUUGUUAUUGCAGACUUUCACAAAAUCACUUGUGUAAAUGAUAUUUUGCUCUACGGAUCUAUGAGGCAGCUAUAGUCAAGCGGUUUGCUUGUUAAUUUUGAGCCUCCCAGUACAUAAGUAUAUAUAUAAUAUAUAUAUAUAUAAUAUAUAUAUAUAUAUAUCUAAGAUUACAGCUCUGAUGAUGUUGCAAAUCGAGGUGGUGUAAUGAGAAAGUGGU